UUGAUUAGUUAAUGAUUAUUUUUCAAGGAGUAGCUUAUACAGGAGAGCAGAGCAAAGCAGGCUCAUCGCCAGACAAACAGCAACCAUGAAGCUCGGCAAACAUCUUUCUUUUUCCAUUCUGCUUCUUCUUUCGGCAACAUGGAGUGCAAAUGGGGGGAACAUUUUGGUGUGGUACACUGAAGGCAGCCACUGGAUUAACAUGAAGCCUGUGCUGGAGACACUGAUCGACAGGGGACACCAGGUGACGGUUCUGGUGCCUAGCACGUCGAUGUUCAUGAACAUCAGUGAGCCUUCAGGUUUCAGCUAUGAACCCUUCAAUGUCUCUGUCUCAGUGGAGCAGAUGGAGAGGUUAAUGGAAGAUUUAUUUCAAUUUUCUAUAUAUGAGGCAGACAAAAUGAGUUACUUGCAGAUUUACAACAGAUUCAUGGAGCUGAUCGAUGUCAACAUGGAGUAUACUUUAAAGUUUUUAGAUGGACUCCUGAAAUCAGAAACCACCAUGACGAAGCUGAAGGAUGGAAAAUACGAUCUUCUCUUUUCGGACCCCAUCUUCCCAGGUAGUGACUUGUUAGCUGAUGUAUUGGGAGUCCCCCUGGUCUUGUCCUUGCGCCUUUCCAUGGCCAAUAACUGGGAGAGACAGUGUGGUCAGUUACCAGCUCCACCCUCGUUUGUCCCGGGGGGUAUGAGCAAACUGACCGACAAGAUGAACUUCUUGGAAAGAGUGCAGAACUUUCUCUUUUACCAAUUUCAGGACAUCAUGCUGGCCAACUGCAUAUGGACAAAAGUUGAUAAAUAUUACUCCGAAUACAGAGGAACCCCCACCAGUGCCUGCGAGUUAUUGGGUAAAGCAGACAUCUGGUUGAUGCGAACUUACUGGGAUUUUGAUUUCCCUCACCCUUUGCUCCCUAACUUCAAAUAUGUUGGAGGGAUCCACUGCAGACCUGCUAAGCCUUUGCCAGAGGAUAUGGAGGAGUUUGUACAAAGCUCUGGAGACGCUGGUGUUGUGGUCUUCAGUUUGGGAUCAAUGGUCAAGAACAUGACCAGAGAGAAGGGAAACAUGAUAGCUUCCGGACUUGCUCAGAUCCCACAAAAGGUGUUGUGGAGAUAUAGUGGAGAAAAACCAGACACACUGGGUGCCAACACCAGGAUAUACAACUGGAUCCCUCAGAAUGAUCUCUUGGGUCACCCCAAGACCCAGGCUUUUAUCACCCAUGGUGGCACAAAUGGGAUUUAUGAAGCCAUCUACCACGGUGUUCCUUUGGUGGGCAUUCCACUGUUUGGUGACCAGCCAGACAACCUGGUCCAUAUGAAGGCGAAGGGAGCUGCAGUAAACUUAGAAAUAAACUUCAUGAAGUCUGAAGAUCUUACAGAUGCAGUCCAUACUGUCAUCAAUGAUAAUUCGUACAAAGAAAAUGCCAUGCGGCUGUCCAGUAUUCACCAUGACAGACCAAUGAGUCCUCGAGAUGAAGGUUUCUGGAUCGAGUACACCAUGAGAAACAAAGGGGCCAAGCACCUAAGGGUCCAAGCUCAUGAACUCACCUGGUACCAGUAUCACAGCCUGGAUGUCCUGGCUUUCUUCCUUACCAUUGAUCUCUUCCUGAUAUUCAUCUUCAUCAAGACCUGCAGUUUCUGCUUCUGUAGGUGCUGUGGCAGAAAGAGUACAACAAAGAGGAAGACUGAGUGAUUUCCUAAGAAAAUGCAAACAGUUUAAAGACAGUCCUGUGUCCAGAACAACCUAAAAUCACUUGCUUUAGACUUUAAUAAGGACACAAAUUAAGAAGACUUAAGUGUCAAGUAUUGCUGCGUAAGUGCUUUUUUUGCUGAGGCUACCAUCAGCAUGAUUGAGAUGAGAAACUAUAUAUGUUUAAACUGUUUUGUGAUGUAACUCAGUUUUUUUUCAGUCUAGCUUAAAAAUAGUUUUAACAAUAUUGUCUACUUAUAUUUGCAAAAUAAUCACUCAUACAAUUUCAGACAAAUGAGGACCUUUUCUUCUCUUUCUUUUAUUAUCUGUCACCACUAUUCACUUUUUUUCAACAGCUAGCAACUGGAUGCUCAAUGGUAACCCUACACCAUAGAACCAUUUGGGAUUAAAAUCUGAAUGUUGGUUGUUGCUAUGGCUGUAGAAAAAAAACAUUAAAUGUUGUGAUACUGUAUAAUUGUAUUAACAUUAAAUAAUAUUCUGCUCUCUCAUACCACCAGCACACAGUGCAUCACUAAAAUAAAUGUGACAUUCAAAUUUGCAUAGCCGCAUCUUUUUGGUGAAUAAGCAGUGUAAAAAUGAUUCUUUUUAGACUUUUUCACAAAAAAGUUGAAUUCUAAUGAUGAAUGCUGACUAGCAUACCUUAACUAAACCAUUAGGAAUGUAUUAACACUUCGUCAGUGCAGUUAUGUUUCAGGAAUAUGUUGACAUGAUGGAUAGUUUUCCCUUACAGAAAGAAUAUUGUAUUUUAAACCUCUUAAUUUUCUUCAAUUGCCUUAAAAACCCAACCUACCAAACUCUAUAAUUGUAGUUGUGUGCGUUAUUGUGAUUUUUAAGUUCAUUCAGAGUUUUAUCUAUUCUAAUCUGUAAACACUGUGAACAUAUAGCCUAUCCAAAAAGUAACUUGCUAAAUUAAAAUAAAUCUACCACCUCCUA